GACCCCUUCACUUGCGAUGGCACAGGGCCUCUCCUGUUACCGGUAGAAUCUCUCCCAUGAGACUCACAGCACCGAAAUAUACCCCUUUCUCCCAUGGUAACCCCUCGAAUUCCGUAUGUCCUCCCAUUCCCGCCACCCCCAACUCACCCCAAGAACGCUACAACACUCACCGCCGCCAUCGACGCAGUAACCAACUUUCUGGAAUCACGCAAUAUCGUCAUCCUUACGGGUGCCGGUGUUUCUGUCGAAAGUGGCCUGGCAGACUACCGUGGUGGGAGGGGAACCUACAGACUGAACCGGACAUACCGGCCAAUAUUCUACGAGGAAUUUGCGAGGAAUCAUGAAGCCCGGAAACGGUGCGGAAAUAUAUUACAUACCCCCCGCCCACUCAUUCCCGAGAACCACCCCAAGUACUGUAGAGCUUGUGAACUGAGCCGUCUACGAGCAGAUACUGGGCGCGGAGUUUCCUCGGGUGGCCGAUAAUGGAAAAAGCCAAGCCGAAUAGAGCACACCUGUCUAUUUCGAUGCUGGGAAAGCUGGGGGUGCUGAAUCAUGUAAUCACGCAAAGUCCUCAUUCCACCCGCUCUGCAAUUGUGGCCCCGGUGUCGUUCUGAUGGAAGAGCCGCAGACGUUGACUCCCUCCACUACGCCUGUCACCCCCACCUGCGAACCACAGAGUUGCAUGGCACUCUCCGAACGCUCACCUGCCUAACCUGCCGCUCUCCAUACCCGCGCGCCGAAUUUCAGAAAGCCCUCGCAGAGUUGAACCCCAAGUGGGCGGAAUUUCUGCACACUGCUAUAGAAGCCGGGAUCUUCGACAAUGAUUAUCGCCGGGAGGGGGGCAUCAAGACGAACCCCGACGGCGAUGUAGACGUUCCCGGGGCACCAUAUACGAAAUUCCGCUACCCACCUUGCCCAACAUGCCUCAAUUCGGAUGACAUUAGGGUCCUGGUCGAUGCGCAAGGCUCACAUAAGCCGGACGGGCGGCUGGCAACAAACGGAGUGCUGAAGCCCUCUGUAACGUUCUUUGGGGAAUCUGUAGCACCGGAGGCCAAAGCUGAAGCGGAGGAAAUGGUAGAUAAAUGUGGAGGCAUACUCGUCGUUGGGACUAGUUUAGCUACGUAUUCUGCAUAUAGGCUCGCUAAGGCUUCACACGAUGCUGGGAAGGAUGUUGGGAUCGUGAAUUUGGGAGGGGUUAGAGGGGAGGAUUUGUUUUUCUCGAGGGAGGCCAAAGGGAAGAGGCUUAGGGUCGAUUUUGGUGUUGGUGAUGUAUUAGCGGGUGUUGUUAUGAACUUGGGGGGCGAGGUGACUGAAGGAGUGGGAAGCGAAACUCCCCUUGGUGGGGGUGGAGCGGGACUCGGGGGGUAAAGAGGCAAGGAGUAGUACUCGUCUAUAUUCGCUAUCGACAGAUAAUUUAUAUCUGCUAGGACCAAGCAAUAGAAAUGAUGUUAGUAUGGGGUUUAGUCUAGAUUGCUGGAUCCGGGUCGUAGUAUCCGAGAUUAGGACCGAGGGAUGUCUCUAGAGCGUUAGAGUAAAUGUAAUGUGAUGAGAUUCUUCGCAUAAAAUUUGGCAUUGGGUGGUCUCA